ACUCUUUCAACCAGGAAAAUUUCAGUCGUUGCAAGUAAAACAUGAGCGUCCAAUUUUUAUUUUUUAUUUUAUUUUUAUUUUAGCAUUCAAUGGUUUUGUCCACCUAAUCUGGCCUUUUUCUAGUGUGUACUGAAAGUUCUCCAGAAUCAGUCAGAAAUUACAGAGACAAUAUUUCAGGCAAGAACACGUAUAUAAUCAGCUAGAAGGUUCCCCCCACCAGGAGAAGAGAAGACUCAAAGAGUGAAGAAGGGAUGAGUUCUGUGGAUGAGCACCUUAUCUUUAUUGAAUCUGAUGCAACAGAGGAAGAUGAAGGUAGGUUGGUUGAGUGCAGAAUCUGUCAAGAAGAGGAAGAGAGGUUCAACCUUGAAGCCCCCUGUGGCUGUUCUGGAAGUGCCAAGUAUGCACACCGGAAGUGCGUGCAGAGAUGGUGCAAUGAGAAAGGAAACACUGUUUGCGAAAUUUGUUGCCAGCCAUAUGAGAGUGGGUACACGGUGAAUGUUCAGGAAGAGAGAUAUGCUUCACUUGAAAUCAGCGAGGAAUUUGUUGGGGAGCGAGUUCUGGCUGGAGAUGAUGAGGACUACUUCGAGAGGAACACGAUAAAGGCCGCGGCUGCUUGCCGUUCCGCUGCAAUAAUGCUGAUGGCUCUGCUGCUCCUCCGCCAUGCUUUGUCUGUAGUAGUGGAAAACACCCAGGAAGAUGCGACACUCUUUUGCAUGUUUGUUCUAGUUAGAGCGGGAGGGUUUUUGCUUCCUUGCUACUUAAUGGCGAGAGCACUCAACAUCCUGCAAAAUCGAAGGCAGCGGAGGGAUAGAUCAUGACCCACAGGCGGUUCGGUUAGACUUCUUGAAAUAUAAUCGCCAGGUUGGUAGCUAGUGAGAUUCUCUCGUGGUUAACAAUGAGGAAGGCGUCGUAGCAUCAAAAUUGGCUACCAGAACGGGGCCAGCUUUGCUAGUGCUGCCAUACAACUGCUCAAAAUUUGACCAUACUUUUCAGAACCAUGGAAGAGGAGGCUAGAAAAUGUUCUUCAUACUCGGCCCCUUAUUGGCCGCAAGCACAUGCAAUGCAAUUCACUGUUUACAUGUAUGUAGAACAAUCAGACCAUUCUCCCCAGUGUUAGGCUUCGCGCACAAUUUGUAUCUCAGAAGUGGAGAAAAUGUAAAUAGAAAGGAAGAUUCAGUCUCAA